AGAGGGGAUCGGAGCAGUGGGCUUGCCAGCCAGCCAGCCAGCCAGCCAGCCAAGGAGGGCUUUUGCAUUGCCUAGCAGCAUGGAUCUCCAGGGGAUGCUCUUGCUUUUCCUGCUGGGGGUCUCCAGGGGGGCUUCCUUGCCCCGAUCUGCCCUCUUCCCCUUCGGGGGCUCCCAGGGGGACCAAGAACUGCCCGAAGGGGACGAUGAGACCUCGCCUCCAGUCGCCCUGCCCAUGCUCUUCUACGAGACCCUCUUUGAGCACCUCUAUGUUGGGACCAACGGGAUCAUAUCUACCCAGGACUUCCCCAGGGAGACCCAGUAUGUGGACGAUGACCUUCCUACAGAUUUCCCCGCAAUUGCUCCCUUCUUAUCAGACAUUGAUACCAGCGGAGGGAAGGGUAAAAUCUAUUACCGCCUGGACGAAUCCAGGGACGUGCUGGAUCAAGCUACCCAGAUGAUUCAGGCUGGAUUUCCUAGUGCUACCGACUUCACCCCACAGCAUGCCUUUAUUGCUACCUGGAACAAUGUGGGGGCCUAUGAGGAGGUCACUCGGAACUCAGAACCCUCCAAGCAGGUAAGGAGAUGUUUUGUGGCAUCCAAUUCCAUUGUUAUUAUUGUUGAGUGAAUUCCUCUGUGGAAGCAGUUGGACAUCUUUACCCAGUGGAGAACAUCCUCAUUGAGGUCAAGGCUGUGGAAGUGGAGGUGUGUAUGCAGUGCCAUUCCACAUGGAGCCAUAUCCAUGCUGCUUAUGGAUGUACACUGUGUACUGCACAGGCAGAUGUACAUUUACAUUGGGUUGUACCUUUGGUUACACAAUGCCACAGAUCACUAAUGAGGAGAUGUGCAACUGCUGCAUAACUUUGCACACAACAUUAGGCUCUGGCUUCUCAGUGUAGGAUUGUAGCCAUUUAUUUAUUAAAGGUGUAUGCUGCCUUUUCACCAGAAAAAGAAAGCACUAAAGAUAGCCACCAGUGGUAAACUACACCUUGAAAAUCAGAACUGUUUCUGAUGACUGUAAUGAUUUCUGUUUGUGGGAUGCUGAGCUAAUAAAUGCUGCCACCAUACACUCCAGUUAUGAGAUUGACAGCUCAAAUGGUAUGGAAUAAUGCCUUCUUCCUUUGGUUGCAUUACUCUGAUUUUGUUUUUGUUGUUGUUGGGUGCCUUCAAGAUAUUUCUGACUUACAGCACUCCCUCACAAAAUUUUCUUAGGCAGACCUGUUCAGAGGAGGUUUGCCAUUGCCUUCCCCAUUGCUCUGAUUUACCUCAUUGCAAGAGGGGAGGUUGCACACCCAUAAUAUGCCUUGAGCCUGUAGAGUAAGUACUCUCCUCUGACCUAUAUUGCGUAACUGGCAACCAAAGAUAAGAUCAAGAUGUUCUUUUUCAUGUGCCAAAGCUUUCUCAGACUCCUUUAAAGCUCAAGAGGUCAAAACCAAUGCUUGAAUUUUGUCCGGAAGAGUGCCAGAACAUCAUUCUGUUAUGGUGCUCUGUGGAUACAGGAUUCUGUAUUGGCAGCAGAAUUCGAUUGAGAAUUCUCAGCUUUUAAAAAAGAAAUAAUCCAGUAAAUUUCUAGUCCUUACAGGAAUGCAAAGAGAUAAGGGUUUUGUGGACUGCAACCCACCUUAUCAGGUGCAUGCAGCAAGGAACAAACACAAUUACUACUUGGAAAUGUGGCCUUGAAAUGUGAAGUCAUUGAUUAAAUCUCAGAACUGAGAGUACAAAGUGAGUGGAAGUCAAUUUGAGCUGCGGUCAAUACUUAUGAGUAGUUUCUUCUUCCUUCCCAAGUGGCUUAAACUAGACAGAAUAAUUAGCAUGCCCAGGAUGACAAGAUGCUCUAACCACAAAGGAAGACAAGGCACUGCAAAUUGUAUGGCACUCAAGAAAAAAUGUAGGAUCUUACUAAAUAAAAGCUAAAAAUAC